UUCUUUUCCCUCCUCUUAUUUUUCCCUAAUUUAAACAUAGGUAACCGCUGCUUGAAACAAAUUACUUUCGAUCAAUAUAAUUUAAUCAAUUUUAAUUUUUAAUCCAUUUUAAUUCUGUUUAUAAACGGUUCAAAUUAUGAUUUUGGUCUCGAUUCCGCAACGGUUCAAACCAUGUGGCACUCUCUGGUGCUGUUAUCAGUCGUAUUAGUUACGAUUCAAGUUCAGAGCCACAGGAGACCCUUAACUGUUAACUCUGACCCUUUAACCUGAUUCAGAAUUGAUUUUAGUCACUAAACCAUUGACUUGGAUCGAUUUCAGAUUUAACCCGGGCCCUUCUAAUCAACUCAAUUUAGCCGUAGAACCAGAAGUCCAGAACCGUCCAGUCCCCUAAGCCUCCACCGCCUCGGCGCCUCCUGUUUUAGUAAAGCGAAUCGAGCAACAAAAUCCCAACCCAGUAACAUACAGAAGACGAAAAAAAAUGUUUUUCUUCUUCGUUGGAGGAGUAGAGCAGCAGGUGCGCCAGGUCCUUAAAUCAGGUGUCGGAAGGUGCAUAAACUGCGGCUCCAUGGCUGAUCUAGUGGAGUACGAAAAGGUCCUCAAGCUCUUCUUUGUUCCUGUAUGGAAGUGGCCCGGUAAGGAGCCCGCUGUGUAUUGCAACAAUUGUAAUCUCAUGUUUCCUCGAUCGUUUCCUCUCCCACCUCCAAAGACUCAUCCAUCAGUCGUUUCGGAGAGUUUGCGCUGCCAUCUCUGUAACCGGGUUGUGGAGCCUGAGUUCAGGUUCUGUCCUUUUUGUGGGUCUUCUCUGUAGUUAGAAUUUUGGUUUUAGGAAGAUUGGCGUUUCGAUUUGUAAUCAAAGUGUUUGCUUUACUAGUAAUCAAGCAAGUACAUGUCAUUAAAAUGAAGAAAUUUCCCGAGAA